AUGCUUCCUGAAUCUCCAGAAAACGAAAAGCGCGACUACUCCUCGGACUCUACUGCCUCUAGCGAAGAUAUGAUUCCACCUAACUACCCACCUCCGCAGCCAAGACAAGAUAUGUCUAAGGAACACCUUUUCCAUCCCCACCAUGGCCCUUACGGAUACCAUGACCAGGACCAAUUUCACGGCCACCCACAUGACUUCCCUCAUGCUCGUGGCGGAUUUGUGCCCCCACCAUUCCCUCCUCCUCCUCCGCACCACCCAAGCCACAGGCCUCAUCCAAAUGAUCCUUUCUUCUUUGAAGACGAGCACCAUAGAAGACCAAAGAGAGACAUUAAACAGAAGGUCUUACUUGGAUCGGCAGCUGUUUGUGGAGGCUUACUUAUGUUCCACUUGGGCAGAGGCUAUCAACUUAAUGCCAUGAGUGGGGACGACUUUCGCCAAAACGCCAUGGCUCCUCAUGAUGGAGGCCACCACAUGAGUCAUGAAUAUGGAAUGGAAAGCUCAAACAGAAACGAGGGCUUUUCACACGGAGGCGCCCACCGUCCAGGCAGACAUGGUGGACAGCCACAUGGUGGAAUGAACCCAGAGUUUGGUGGAAAACAACACCAUGGUAAGCCACCCCAGGAGGUGGACGAACAGUUAGAUUUCAAUUCUCUUGACGAUCCAAACGGUCCACCUUCAUUUCCCGAAUUUGGCAAGUCUGGUGGAAAAAAGCACCACAAGGGUCCAAAAGGAAAGAAUCACAAGAAACCCCACCACGAGGAUGACCAAUUUUCUGAUGAGACUGACGUGCAAAGUGACUCCGAUGAAGAAGAUAGAGAGCCACCAAGAGGUCCACCAGGUCCACCACCAAGAGGUCCACCAGGCCCACCACCAAGAGGUCCACCAGGCCCACCACCAAGAGGUCCACCAGGCCCACCACCACCAGGUGAAUCCGAUGGUCCUGAUGGUCAUGAUGGUCAUGAUGGUCAUGAUGAUUCUGAUGGUCCAAAGGGUCCAAAGGGUCCGAAGGGUCCAAAGGGUGAGAACCCAGAGAAGCCAAAGGAUGGCGAAAAGCAGAAAGAUGGAGACAAGAAGGAAUCAACCCCAGAUGGAUUCAAAGGACCUAAAGGACCUAAAAGACCAGAGAGACCAAAGGGGCCUAAGGUACAUCAUGGACCCGAAGAUGAGUCUCACAAGAACCCGGAAGAGGGUGACAACAAGAGCUCAGGUCACAAAGAUCAGAAAGAACCCGCAAAUGACCAAGCUCAGCUUGAGGCAAGUGCUGAACAAGCUUUGCAAGAUCUUGAUUCCGAUUUGAAGGCCAAGUCCAAACAUGUCGACGGCUUGACAUAA